UCCCUUCUCACUUCAUUUCAUUCAUUUCAUCUUCCAUCACUGAUACCCUUUCCUCCAGUUGAUCGCAUUGGCUACUGAGGCUUCUGCAAUCUUCACGUAGUUCUUGAAACUUGGCUUUCAGCUCCAUCAGCUCCUUUAAGCCCUUCUCUGCAUUGGUUAUCUUAGUUAUACAUUCAUCUAUUUUUUUUUCAAAGUUUUUAACUUCUUUGCUAUUGGUUUGAAUUUCCUCCCAUAGCUCGGAGUAGUUUGAUCGUCUGAAGACUUCUUCUCUCAACUCGUCAAAGUCAUUCUCCAUCCAGCUUUGUUCCGUUGCUGGUGAGGAACUGCGUGACUUUGGAGGAGAGGGCUCUGCUUUUUAGAGUUUCCAGUUUUUCUGCUCUGUUUUCUCCCCAUCUUUGUAGGUUUUUCUACUUUUGGUCUUUGAUGAUGGUGAUGUACAGAUGGGUUUUUGGUGUGGGUGUCCUUUCUGUUUGUUAGUUUUCCUUCUGCCAGACAGGACCCUCAGCUGCAGGUCUGUUGGAGUUUGCUAGAGGUCCACUCCAGACCCUGUUUGGCUGGGUGUCAGCAGCAGUGGCUGCAGAACAGCGGAUUUUCGUGAGUCCGCAAAUUCAGCUGUCUGAUCGUUCCUCUGGAAGUUUUGUCUCAGAGGAGUACCUGGCCGAGUGAGGUGUCAGUCUGUCCCUACUAGGGGGUGCCUCCAAGUUAGGCUGCUCGGUGGUCAGGGACCCACUUUAGGAGGCAGUCUGCCCAUUCUCAGAUCUCCAGCUGUGUGCUGGGAGAACCACUACUCUCUUCAAAGCUGUCACACAGGGACAUUUAAGUCUGCAGAGGUUCCUGCUGUCUUUUUGUUUGUCUGUGCCCUGCCCCCAGAGGUGGAGCCUACAGAGGCAGGCAGGCCUCCUUGAGCUGUGGUGGGCUCCACCCAGUUUGAGCUUCCUGGCUGCUUUGUUUACCUAAGCAAGCCUGGGCAAUGGCAGGCGCCCCUCCCCCAGCCUGGCUGCCGCCUUGCAGUUUGAUUUCAGACUGCUGUGCUAGCAAUCAGCAAGACUCUGUGGGUGUAGGACCCUCCGAGCCAGGUGCGGGACACAAUCUCCUGGUGUGCCGUUUUCCAAGCCCGUUGGAAAAGUGCAGUAUUAGGGUGGGAGCGACCCGAUUUUCCAGGUGCCCUCUGUUACCCCUUUCUUUGACUAGGAAAGGGAACUCCCUGACCCCUUGCGCUUCCCGAGUGAGGCAAUGCCUCGCCCUGCUUCGGCUCGCGCACGGUGCGCUGCACCGACUGUCCUGCACCCACUGUUUGGCACUCCCUAGUGAGAUGAACCCGGUACCUCAGAUGGAAAUGCAGAAAUCACCCAUCUUCUGCGUUGCUCACACUGUGAGCUGUAGACCGGAGCUGUUUCUAUUUGGCCCUCUUGGCUCCACCCCCUGGAAACCAUCAUUCUCAGUAAACUAUCGCAAGGAGAAAAAACCAAACACCGCAUGUUCUCACUCAUAGGUGGGAAUUGAACAAUGAGAACACAUGGACACAGGAAGGGGAACAUCACACUCUGGGGACUGUUGUGGGGUGGGGGGAGGGGUGAGGGACAGCAUUAGGAGAUAUACCUAAUGCUAAAUGACGAGUUAAUGGGUGCAGCACACCAACAUGGCACAUAGAUACAUAUGUAACAAACCUGCACAUUGUGCACAUGUACCCUAAAACUUAAAGUAUAAUAAUAAUAAUUAAAAAAAAAGAAAAUAAACUUUCAUAGUCUUAAAAAAAAAAUUUCCCUUAUAUGAAAAAAGAUGUUCAUUGUACAAUCCCACAGUUAAAGAAAAAAAAAUCCCAUGUGUUCUCUUAGAGUGUGUGUUAUUUUUAACAGGGAAAUCUUCAAAAUUCACUGAAUCCAUCUCUAGGUUUACAUCUAAAUAAUAAGAAUUAAGUAAUAAUGUUACAAGCUGCUGCUAUUACUGUUGUUACUAUAGAAAAUGGUUAGAUCAAAAUAAAUCCCAAAUAGAUCAGAGUUGAAAAUUAAAAAAAUCAAGACAUAAAAAACUAGAAGAAAAACAAUAUAAUAUUUAUCAAAUCUCUGGGUGAGAAAGGAUUUUAAAACUUAAAAAUGAUAAAUGAAAUCAAAAUCAAAUGGCAAAGAUCAAUUGGUUUGUCCAUAUAAAACUGUUGUACAUUAGAAAAUAAAAUUAAAAAGCAAAAAAAAUUGGGGGGGGAAUAUUUCAACAUCUAUGACAAAAUGUAUGCAAUACUUAGCUCCCUAAAUUAUAAAGAACACCUAAAAAUCAGUAUACAGAUGGGCAAAGAACACAAUUGCAAAAAGAGGAAACAAGAAUAAUAAAAGAGGUUUUUAAAAUUGCUUAACUUUACCACUAAUCAAAUAAACGUGGAGUACAGCAAUAAUGAAAACAUUCAAAAGCAGUUUAUUAUCCAGUAUUCCACACAUGCCUGGCAAGGGUAGGUAAUGGGUGCUGAAUUUGUUACAAGUCAUUUAGAAAGCAAAGUGGUAGUAAAACAACACAUUCUAUUGGCAAUAUUUUUGAAAAACAGACACUUCUAUACAUUAUUGGUAGAGAACAAAGUAAUACCAUCCCUAUGGAAUACAAUUUGGCAAUAUUCAUCAAAAUUACAGAUUCAUCCCAGCACUUUUGUUGGCCAGGAUGGGCAGACUGUUUGAGUCUAGGAGUUGGAGACCAGCCUGGGCAACAUAACAAAAUGACGGUACAAGAGAAAGGAUGAGAAGUGGGUGUGGGGAGAGAGAUUCUUCAAGAACAAGAGACAUUGCUAUGUUAGGGUAGGGAGGUUAAGAGUAGGAGCCAAUUUAUGGUAAGCAGCAAAAUGGAAUCAUAGUCAGUUCUUAGGAAUAUGAGAAGUAGAAGAGAGCUAAAGAAGCAUCAAGUCAGUACUUUGAAAAGUUGCCUAAGGUGAGUGAUGCUUCUGCCUACCCUCCAAGCUACAUGAUUAUUUCACGUAUUUUGUCAAAUCUCCCUAUUACCACUGUCUCUCCUAGUUCUAUCAGGAGAAAAGGGAAAAAACAGGAAAAGGCCAGCCAGACAGCUAGUUUCACCAUGAUUCAUACACUAUGAUUUAUACACAGCAUUCAUACACACGCUACCAGAGGAAGCUGCUCAAUCCUGAGAUCUCCUAUGCCUCAAGGGCUUUGUAUGUGUCUGAAUUAGCAAAAACAAUGUGUAAAUUCAAAAGAUGUAAAGAUUAUAGCAUUACAACUGAUUUGCAAUAAAGGAAUCCCAUUUACAAAAAAGCUUAUGGUUGUUGGGGGUGGGGUAAAUAAAGGAAAGGGAUAGAUACUUUUGAAUCUAUAAAAGAGUAUCAAGAUUCUACAAUAGAUGGCAUCAUAAAAUAACGAAGAGAUAUAAGAGCUAAGAUGAUAAAAUAGACUAAAGAUCUGAAUUUAGAAUUCCAGCUCCAUUGCUAAACUUUAUGUCUGUGGAGGAUAAGUUACUUAAACAUCAGUUGAUUGAUUCAUGAAUUUAAUUAUUAUUCAUUAAGCUGGUACCAUGAGUAAGGUACCAAGCCAAAUGCUGAGGAUACAGCAGGGUAUAAGAUAGCUAUGGAAGAUAGAAAAUUUAAAUAAGUACCAGCAAUACAGUGAAAAGACUAUAGAAGAGUAGGUAUAUCUGAUCUAAUCUGAAAGAGUUAUGGAAGGCUUCCCGGAUUAAUGUUAAGGUCAGACCUAAAUCUGAAUUGUAAAUAGGAGUUGGGGAACUAAUAUAGGGUGGGAAGAGUGCUCUAGACAGGAGUAGUAGUACUUGCAAAUGCCUACAAGUCAGUAUUGUGUAUCAUAUAGAAAGAUCAAAGAGAUUAUUACCUGAUAAUUAUGGAGGCUGCAGUUGCAGACCAGUUGUUAGAUAAUAAUCAAAGUGGACAGUAGAAUUUUUUUAUUAAUUCAAAAUAUUUUUGAGUAGUCAUUAUGAGCCAGGCAUUAUUCUUGGUACUUGGGAUAUAUCAAUGAACAAAGCAAACAAAAGUCCCUGUUCUGAUGAAGCUUAUGUUCUAAUACAGGGUGAAAGACAAUUUACAGCAAUCACAGCAUAAAUGAUAUGGUGCAUUAGAACGUGAUAAGUGCUAUGGCUCUGGUGGACUGGGAGUCCAGAUGGGUGAGGGUUAUUUUAAGUAGAGUCAUCAAGAAUUGCCUCAGUGAGCUGGUGGUGAUUGGGCAAAGACUUGAAAGAGAAGAGGAAGUGAGGUUUGCAAUUACUAAGACAGAGCACAUUCCAGGCAGACAGAAGAGCCAGCACAAAGGCCCUGAUAGGAUUGUGACUGGUAUGCUCUCAAACAGCAAGAAGCUGGGUGUGGCAGAACAAGUAGGCAAAGGGGUAAGUAGUGUGAAAUGAGGUCAGAGAGACAAUGAGGGAUGGAGGCAGACCUUGUGGGAUCUUGUAGGCUACUAUAAGAAUUCAUGAUGAAGCAAUUGCAAUAGAAGCAAAAAUUGACAAAUGGGACCUAAUUAAACUGAAGAGCUUCUGCACAGCAAAAGAAACUAUCAACAGAGUAAACAGACAACCUACAGAAUGGGAGAAAAUCUUUGCAAACUAUGCAUCUGACAAAGGUCUAAUAUCCAGCAUCUAUAAGAAAUUUAAAUUUACAAUUAAAAACAACCCUAUUAAAAAGUGGGCAAAGGAUGUGAACAGACACUUCUCAAAAGAAGACAUACAUACCACCAACAAUCAUAUGAAAAAAAGCUAAACAUCACUGAUCAUUAGAGAAACGCAAAUCAAAAUCACAGUGAGAUACCAUCUCACACCAGUCAAAAUGGCUAUUAUUAAAAACUCAAAAAAUUAUAGAUGCUGGUGAGGUUGUGAAGAAAAAGGGGCACUUACAAACUAUUGGUGGGAGUGUAAAUUAGUUCAAUCAUUGUAGAAAACAGUGUGGCAAUUCCUCAAAGACCUAAAGACAGAAAUAUCAUUCAAGCCAACAAUUCCAUUACUGGGUAUAUACCCAAAAAAAUAUAAAUUAUUCCAUUAUAAAGACACAUGCAUGCAUGUGUUCAUUGCAGCACUAUGUACAAUAGCAAAGACAUGGAAUCAACCUAAAUGCCCAUCAAUGAUAGACUGGACAAAGAAAAUGUGGUACUUAUACAGCAUGGAAUACUAUGUAGCCAUAAAAAAGAAUGAGAUCAUGUUCUUUGCAGGCACGUGGAUGGAGCUGGAGGCCAUUAUCCUUAGCAAACUAACACAGGGACAGAAAGCCAAAUACUGCAUGUUCUCACUUAUAAGUGGGAGCUAAGAUGAGACCACAUGGACACAUGGAGGGGAACACACUGGGGCCUAUCAAAGGGUAGAGGGUGGUAGAGAAAGAGGAUCAGGAAAAAUAACUAAUGGGUACUAGGCUCAAUACCUGGGUGAUAAAAUAAUCUGCACAACAAACCCCCAUGAUGCAUGUUUACCUGUGUAACAAACCUGCAUGUGUACCCCUGAACUUAAAAGUUUUUUUUUUAAAAAAAGAGAAAAAAAGAAAAAAUGGCAUGGGUCUGAAAUAAUUUUUGCAGGUGGAGACGGAGCCUGGCCUUCCAUGAAAAAAUAGAUAACUGCCAUGCAAAUUUGAGGAAAGCCAAGUUCAAAUAGACCAUGAGGGCCAAAUCAGCAUAAAUUUAUCUUCUUUCUCUAACUUAUUUGUGUGGAAAUGUGGAAAAAAUAAACAGCCUCCCAGACUGAAGGAUUUUGAAGGUUCAUAUUCUAGCUUUGGGAAAAAAGGUAACAAGAAAGCAAGAGAGUUUAAAGCCAUGGGAAAAUACCCUGGGACAAGGAUACAGAAAGUACAGUGAAGCCAGGAAGAGUCUAGUAGUUUAAAUAAAUAUUAAAUGAUGUGGCAUAAAAAUGUUAAAUUCUAUUGCAAAUACCUAAUGAUUACUUAUAAUUUAAUCUUUGAUAAUUUAGUCUUCAAAAAUAUAUUUUUCUUGGUUAAAAUCAUAUUUGCUUUCUUCCUUAGGCAAAAUAACUUUAGAGAGUGUUUCUCUAGAUGCUACCUACAAGUGCUGCCUAGAUGCCCUCAGGUGGAUUCUCCUUCUGGUUCAGCAGUCAGUAGCUCAGCUGCAGGCAUUUCUUGUCCCCUUUGACUAAGUGGAAACUUUGAAAGGUCUAUAGUUUUUGAAAAAAGAUGGAUUUUUUUCAAAUUUGUAACCUAAACCACUUAAGAAGUUGAAUUUAACUUCACAGAUGGUUUUACAGGAAAUAAAAGAUCAAGUGCUCACAAGGUUAAAUUUCAGGAAAGCCUUCUUGGAUACAAGAUAAAGGCGGGGUGUAAAGUGAAAACAAAAGUAGCUGGAAUUAGGUCAUUUGAUUUUAUACUCUGUACUCCAGACUGCUCCUCUCUGCCGACUGCAACAGAUUGGAGCCAUGGCUUUGGAACAGAACCAGUCAACAGAUUAUUAUUAUGAGGAAAAUGAAAUGAAUGGCACUUAUGACUACAGUCAAUAUGAAUUGAUCUGUAUCAAAGAAGAUGUCAGAGAAUUUGCAAAAGUUUUCCUCCCUGUAUUCCUCACAAUAGCUUUUGUCAUUGGACUUGCAGGCAAUUCCAUGGUAGUGGCAAUUUAUGCCUAUUACAAGAAACAGAGAACCAAAACAGAUGUGUACAUCCUGAAUUUGGCUGUAGCAGAUUUACUCCUUCUAUUCACUCUGCCUUUUUGGGCUGUUAAUGCAGUUCAUGGGUGGGUUUUAGGGAAAAUAAUGUGCAAAAUAACUUCAGCCUUGUACACACUAAACUUUGUCUCUGGAAUGCAGUUUCUGGCUUGUAUCAGCAUAGACAGAUAUGUGGCAGUAACUAAAGUUCCCAGCCAAUCAGGAGUGGGAAAACCAUGCUGGAUCAUCUGUUUCUGUGUCUGGAUGGUUGCCAUCUUGCUGAGCAUACCCCAGCUGGUUUUUUAUACAGUAAAUGACAAUGCUAGGUGCAUUCCCAUUUUUCCCCGCUACCUAGGAACAUCAAUGAAAGCAUCGAUUCAAAUGCUAGAGAUCUGCAUCGGAUUUGUAGUACCCUUUCUUAUUAUGGGGGUGUGCUACUUUAUCACGGCAAGGACACUCAUGAAGAUGCCAAACAUUAAAAUAUCUCGACCCCUAAAAGUUCUGCUCACAGUCGUUAUAGUCUUCAUUGUCACUCAGCUGCCUUAUAACAUUGUCAAGUUCUGCCGAGCCAUAGACAUCAUCUACUCCCUGAUCACCAACUGCAACAUGAGCAAACGCAUGGACAUCGCCAUCCAAAUCACAGAAAGCAUCGCACUCUUUCACAGCUGCCUUAACCCAAUCCUUUAUGUUUUUAUGGGAGCAUCUUUCAAAAACUACGUUAUGAAAGUGGCCAAGAAAUAUGGGUCCUGGAGAAGACAGAGACAAAGUGUGGAGGAGUUUCCUUUUGAUUCUGAGGGUCCUACAGAGCCAACCAGUACUUUUAGCAUUUAAAGGUAAAACUGCUCUGCCUUUUGCUUGGAUACAUAUGAAUGAUGCUUUCCCCUCAAAUAAAACAUCUGCAUUAUUCUGAAACUCAAAUCUCAGACGCCGUGGUCGCAACUUAUAAUAAAGAAUGGGUUGGGGGAAGAGGGAGAAAUAAAAGCCAAGAAGAGGAAACAAGAUAAUAAAUGUACAAAACAUGAAAAUUAAAAUGAACAAUAUAGGAAAAUAAUUGUAACAGGCAUAAGUGAAUAAGAAUACUCUGCUAUAAAGAAGAAGAGCUUUGUGGUGAUAAUUUUGUAUCUUGGUUGCAGUGGUGGUUAUACAAAUCUACACAAGUGAUAAAAUGACACAGAACUGUAUACACACAUUGUACCAAUUUCCUGGUUUUGACAUUAUAGCAUAAUUAUGUAAGAUGGAACCAUUGGGGGAAACUGGGUGAAUGGUACCCAGGACCACUCUGUACCAUCUUUGUAACUUCCUGUGAAUUUAUAAUAAUUUCAAAAUAAAAGAAGUUAAAAAAACAAACAAACCCACUAUGCUAUAAGUUAGGCCAUCUAAAACAGAUUAUUAAAGAGGUUCAUGUUAAAAGGCAUUUAUAAUUAUUUUUAAUUACCUAAGUUUUAAUACAAGAACGAUUUCUCUGCAUAAUUUUAGUACUUGAGUAAGUAUGCAGCAGAACUCCAACUAUCUUUUUUUCCUGUUUUUUUAAUUUGUAAGUAAUUUUAUAAAAUCCACCUCCUCCAAAAAAGCAAUAAAAAAACAAACAAACUAUAAUAAGCUUUUCUGAUUCUUUUCAAAAUAUUCCUGGUAAGUUCCUAAAGACAUAAUUUGCUUCUAUGAGACAUAAUUUGCUUCUAUGAUGUCAACUUUCUUACUAAUAACUGGUUAUCAUGACAAAUAUUAGGUUUAUCAUAUACAGUCUAGGUGUAAUCCUCAGACCAUCAUUUUCAUCUGGGUUCCAAUUUCUUAACUUCCUAAAGAACUCAUCCAUUUAUAUGAGUCUACCACUGCCGAUUGACUAAAAAAUAUAUUAUCCCAUGCAUAAAAUGUCCUAUUUUCAUUUAAACACUUUAUUUUUGAGUAAUAAAAAUAUGUACCAUAAUAAAUUAUUGUUAAUUAACAUGUACAGCUUAUCUUUUUAAAAAAAUAUUUGCUGUAAAUUAUUAUAAUCCAUGUAAUAUGCUCCUACUAAAAUUAAAUUUUGCUAGCAAUUACACUGGUCAAAAA